GUACACGCCUAAUCUUAAUGAAGCCACCGUACAGGGUUUUGGAAAGAAGUCUGAGGUAAUUUGCUUGCGAGACUUCAUGUCAAACUGUAGACCUAUCCCGUGGAGAAUAUCCCACAGCCACGUGCUAUCUUCUAUGACGAGUAGUAAGGUCCCGCUAGAGAAGUCCUACCGAUGAGGGCAACGAUGUGAUCCAAGAUCCGCGUAUUCAGUCAACGACGCCCAUCUUAAAAGGAUGCCGCAGCCCUCCUGACCUCAACUUGCAGGAGAACAAGAAUUUCGACGCUCUCACGGAUUCUGUCCCCCCAAGAAGACAUCAUGCGUGGCCUUGGAGCCCUCGCGGCGCUCAUUGCGUGUUUAACAACAGCAUCCCAAGCCCACAGCCUUGACAACUUCGCCUCCCCUCCGAACAUCUACCGCCCAAAGUUUAGAUACUGGCUACCCGAUGCCGAAGUAGACAUCGAAGCAGUCACCCGUGACGUGGCCGAGAUAGCCUCCGUCGGCGCAGGCGGCCUCGAGUUCCUACCCUACUACCAGUUCCGCUCGCCCUCGGCAAAUUGGUCCACCUACGGCUACGGCACGAACGCUUCUCGCGCCGUCUUCCGCGCGGCGAUGCAGGCGGCCGCGGACAAUGGCCUUCUUUUUGACUUUUCGAUUGGUGCGAAUCAGGGGCAAGGCGUGCCUUCGGAGACAGAGAGUGUUGGGCUGGCGUUAGAGUUGGCAUACGUCAACAUCACAGUCGCCCCAGGGAACGCCUUCAAUGGUACCCUCCCCCUCUCAACCCAACCCGCAAGCCCAUCCCUCCACUUGUUCAUGCAUCCCUGCGAAGAGUUCGGCCAGCAGAACCUCUCCUUUGUCCUAGCUGUCGAAGAAGCACCAGUAUCCAACGCUUCAUCCAGCACCGUCAACCUCGGCCGCGUCGUCGACGUCACAGCCACAGUUGACCUCACCACGAGAUCCAUCUCAUGGAUGACCCCCAAAGACUCACAAAGCACAUGGCGUAUAAUGGCAUGGUACACACGCUACACCAACCAGCGCUCCAUCGACGCCGCGCCCGAUGCCGCAACAUGGGUACAGAAUGGGUCCUGGGUCACCGAUCACUUCAGCGUCGCGGGGGCAAAGAAGCUGACGGGUUUCUUUGACGAGUACAUCAUCCCCGAAGAGCAGGACAGAGAGCUCCUCGCUCGCGUUGGGAAGUAUGCCUGGGAAGACAGCAUGGAAAUGGACACAGCCCUCUGGUGGACGCACAACUUCGCCGACGCCUUCCGCGCACAAAGGGGCUACGACAUCACAUCCUGCCUCCCCUUCCUCAUCCAACGCGAAAACUACUGGGCGGCACAGAACCUCCCCUACGGUGAAUCCUUCCUCUCACAGAGCAACAGUACCCUAGUGUCACGCUGCAACGAUGACUACCGCCUCACGCUCCAAGCCGGAUACGAAGACUACAUCCGCGCAACCUCGGAAUGGGCUCGCAAACGGGGACUAGAAUACUCCAACCAGCCAGCCUACAACCUGCCCCUAAACAUGCUCGACUCAAUCCCCCUCGUCAACGCACCAGAAGGCGAAUCCCUCGGCUUCGACGACUCCCCCUCCCUCUACCGCCACCUCUCUGGCCCAGCCCACAUGGCCCGUAACCCCGUCGUCUCUUCCGAAGCCGGCGCCGUCAACGGCGCGUCGUACACCCAGACUAUAGCGGACCUGCUCCGCACCGUCCGCCGCGGUCUCGCGGGCGAAGUGAGCAUGAAUGUCCUGCACGGGUACGCGUAUUCUGGCGCCUACGCGCAGACGACGUGGCCUGGGUAUACCGUCUUCGCGUACACGUUUACCGACAUGUGGGGGCCGCGGAUGCCGGCUUGGAGGGGGAGUAGUCAACAUGCCGGCAACGGAGAGGGUGGGAACGGUACCAAUCGUUGGUUCAUGGCUGAAGCGAUGGCGUAUAUCGCGAGGAACCAGUUCGUUAGUCAGGUCGGUACCGCGAGGGUUGAUCUCGCGUUCUAUCAGUACGCUGCACCGUUCGACAAGGUGGUCUAUGGGAGCGACAACCUUGAGAAGAUGGGCUUCACGUACGACUAUCUCGGCCCCGCGAGCUUCUCCUCCCUGAAUGCCGUCGUCAGCGAGGAGGGCGUCCUCGCGCCAGAUGGACCCGCGUAUAAAGCCCUCAUCUUUGCCAACCAGACAAAGCUGACGCUGGAGAUGGCGAUGCAGACGAGAACAUUCGCCGAAGCAGGGCUGCCCAUCUUCGUUGUUGGGAGCGCGGAUUUCCAGAGCAUUGGUGUCGAUGGAGCCGCUUCCGUUCCUGAGAUUAUGAAGGGGGUUCUUGAGAUGGAGAGCGUGACGGUGCUCACGUCCGCGGAGAAGGUACCAGCUGCUCUUGCUGCUCUCAACAUCCGGCCUCGAGUUUCGUUCUUGCAAGAUGAUGCUGUUGAGAAGUGGUAUCCCUUCUCGCGAAGCACAGAGGAUGCGGAGGUUGUGUUCUUGUAUAACGACGGGGGAAAUUCCACGACUACGAAUGUUAGCUUCCUCGAUAUGCUGGGCAGAACACCGUACACCCUCGACGCCUGGACGGGCUCGGCAUCGCCGCUUUUACAAUACACCGUCGAGGAGAACAACAUCAUCGUGCCGGUGACGCUUGCCGCGAAUCAGACUACCAUCCUCGUGUUCUUCAACCAGACCUCAUCCGCAGAUGAUGAACACAACAAAUCCUUCCUGCCUCGUCCGCCAAGCACUCACAUAACAUCAACAUCUGGCCCCCUUCAAGGCCUCCUCUACACCACGCCUCAAGAUCUCAAUACAAACGCCACAACUAACGACACCCGCACCAGCGGUAUCGCAGCACAUCUCGCACCCGGUACCACAACACUCACCCUCGCCACAGGCCAAAUCCUGACCUUCACCACCUCUCAGGUCCCAGAAGCAACAGACCUCGACACUUGGAACAUCACAGUAAACGACUGGCGUAGCAGCAACAACUCCCUCUCAAUGGAAACCGUCAUCACACCGCACCGGUUCCUCAACAGCCCGCUAGCGCCCUGGAAAGAUUUAGACCCAGUGAACCUGAGCAACACAAGCGGUACAGCAGACUACGAAACCACCUUCCGAACCCUAUCCUCAUCUACCGCAGAACAGCGCCUGGGAGCACAUCUUCACCUAGGCGCCAUCACGGACGCAACGACACUCUGGGUCAACGACGGGAGUGUCAUCCUCGACGUGAACAGCUCGCCUGACGUGGUGAUUGAUAUCACAGACUACCUGAACCCCUCCGCGGGCGCCCACAACCUAGUCAAAGUAGAAGUUGCUUCGACAUUGUAUAAUCGCGUGAGAGCGGAGCAGGACAGCAUCAUGACGUUUGGAAGCGCUGCUUCUGUUGCGGGUGCGAGUUAUUUCAAGGCUCACCCGGCUGAGGAGUAUGGACUCAAGGGACCGGGGUCGGUUCAAUGGGUCGAGACUGUCGACGUCCUUUGA